AUGUAUCGAACAGCGUCGAGGCGCGUCUGCGCCCAAGCUUCCAAGCUCGUAUCAUCACAGCAACAGCAAUGGACAGCGACCCGAUCAAUACAUCAGAUUCAGCUUGCUCGGCCUACACCAUAUUCCAGGUCCUCUAGAUGUAUGGCUAUUAGCAUGCCAAGCUCCUCUGCUCGCCACCUCACAACUGCGCAAAAAAUUCGCAUGAAAUACCGCGAAGCGUCCAAGGGCGUCUUCCGCAAGAACCCGAUCUUGCUUCCUCUCGCCAUUUUCUCCGUGGUCGGCGGUAUCGUCGUUUUCGCAUACGUAUCCUACGUGGAGGUGACUCGUGUUCAGCCUCAGUAUCACAAGUUUCCCGCGCCGGUCACGGAGAAGCUGCGCACGGCAGUGUAUUACACCGAAAUCAGCCUGAACCCACCAAAGGCCUUGACUGCUUACAAGGAGGCCCUGAAAAUCGCCCUGGAAAUGGGAAUGCAUCCUUUCUCGGAUGAAGUUUUGGGUAUCAAGCUGCAGGUUGCCAUGAUGUUGGAAAAGUCCGGACUGGUCAAGCCUGCGGUCGAGGUGCUUGAGCGUACCAAGAUGGAAGCUUUGAGGUGGAUCGAGGAAGGUCGCAAGUCAGAGACAUCCGCCGCAGAUUCUGCAAGUGCCGAGAAGGAGCUUUUGAACGCGCGCAACUCACCCACAAGCGUCCAACCCAAUGAGGAGGACUUGCAGGAAACAUUGAAGCAAAUGAAGGAAAAUCAAGAAUUCGAGGCCAGACAGCGCGAUCGUGCUCUCAAAAAAGUGGUUGGGAUCGAGAUGAAACUUGCCGAGCUGUACGCGAGCGAUUACAUGCAGGACGAGAAAAAGGCCGAGGAGUCUCAGGUUGCCGCCGUGGAGCUGUGUUUGAAAGAGCUCAACAGACGGCAGAAGCUUGGUCUUCCCAUCGGUGGAGGUAGUACCUCGAACGAAGGCAACACCGAGGCAUGGCUGAGCAUGACUGAGAUUGCGACCGCAUUGGCCGAACUCGCCGAUACGUACACGGCAAAGGAGCGUGCCGAGCUUGCAAUGCCUCUGUAUCUGCGCGCAUUAGACCUGAUUCGUACCGCAGAGGGUAACACACCCUCCUGCAAGCAGGUCGUUCUAUUGAACAGCGUCGCCACCGCGAUGGUCGGCCAAGCUCAGCUUCCAGUCAAAUCCCGAUCGCAGGAGAAACAGGCCGUGUCAAGGGAGCAAAGUAUUGACGCUGCUCGUCAAUGGGCGCAGAAGGCUAUCGAUGUCGCCGCGUACAUUCAGCCGCCUGUUCGUGACGAGGAGUGCGAUAUCACCUGCGUGGUUGCGACCUAUAAUCUGGGUGAGAUCGCCGAGCUGCAGGGCAAGUCAGACGUAGCGCUGCAGCGUUAUAAAGAGGCCAAGUCGCUUGCCCAAGGGUUGGCUUAUGAGGAUGGAAUCGCCAUGGCAGACCAAGCUUUGAAGCGUCUGAAAAAUUGA